GAUUUAGUCUACGGAGCGGAAGUACGUCACAAGCAGGCGCUGCGUGAAAGGUGAGCGAAGCCGAAAGUACUUCCUUUCCUGUCAGGGCGGCCAUUGAGUUGGAGCGAAAAUGGGCAAGUUUAUGAAACCUGGGAAGGUUGUCCUUGUCCUAGCAGGACGUUAUGCAGGCCGCAAAGCUGUGAUUGUGAAGAACGUUGAUGAUGGCACCUCAGACCGCCAGUACAGUCACGCACUUGUUGCUGGCAUUGACCGUUACCCUCGUAAGGUGACUGCCACCAUGGGCAAGAAAAGGAUUGCCAAGAGGUCCAAAAUCAAGUCUUUCGUGAAAGUAUACAAUUACAACCAUCUUAUGCCAACCAGAUACUCUGUUGAUAUUCCUCUUGACAAGGCUGUGGUUAACAAGGAUGUUUUCAGAGACCCAGCUCUCAAACGCAAAGCCAGACGCGAGGCAAAGGUUAAAUUUGAGGAGAGGUACAAAACAGGCAAAAACAAGUGGUUUUUCCAGAAGCUGCGGUUCUAAAUAAUUUGUCAGUAUAGUGGGCCAUUAAAGUUUCUGAAAACACAA